AAUCAUUGACUUUGAAUUCGCCGGUGUUGGUGAAGCCACCACAUACCAUAUUAUAGCAGAGUUUUAUGCUUCAGGAAAUAUAAUCUUCACGGAUCAUAAUUAUACAAUAUUAUCAUUAUUACGUAUUGUUCAACCUAAAGAAAAUGAAAAGAUUGCAGUCGGCCAAAUAUACAAUAUCAACUCUGUAUCUCGUGUAGGAGAGCCAGUAACAAGGUUUCGUUUACGAGAAGCAUUAACUACUCAGACAUCCAAAGAUUCACUAAAGAAAGUGUUAAAUGCUAAAUUGAGUUAUGGACAAUCAUUGACUGAGCAUGCCAUUCUCUUGGCGAAUCUGAAUCCAAAUAUGAAAGUUGGGACGGUUGAUAUAUCUGAAGAUUCAUCGCAUUUAAUUGCUUUGGAAUCAGGUUUUGCAGAAGUAGAUCGCAUAAUAGAGGAAUCUUCUAGGGGCAGGCAAAAGGCAUGA